AUGGCCUACACAGACGAUGCUGUGAAAGCAAAGCUUUCAGCUCUGAACGAGACCCAGGAGAGCAUUGUCACCGUCGCGCAAUGGGUCAUGUUCCAUAGGCGGCAUGCCGAGAAGACUGCUCAGAUCUGGCUCCAGAAGAUUCGCGACUCGCCGCCCCCUAAGCGUCUGAAUCUCGUUUACCUGGCAAAUGAGGUUGCACAGCAAUCAAAGGCCCGUGGAAAGGAAGACUUCCUCAUCGCAUUCUCGCCGAUCGUUGCGGAGGCUACAGCGGCGGCAUACAAAGGCUCCUCGAAUGAUAUUCAACAGAAGAUCCGCCGAGUUGUGGAUGUAUGGAGACAGCGCCAUGUUUUCGAAAUUCCGAUCCUGGAUGCCGUGGAGGCACGCGUGAAUGGUCAGAUCAGCAAACCCUCGUUCUCUUGGACAUACGUCUUGGAUCACGCGACUAACUUUAUCGCAUCAACAGAUAUCGACAAGAACCGCCUUACUACCAAAAAACAACCUCUCGGUGGCUCUUUCUUCAAGGAUUCCUCUGCGGGAUCUACUCCAUCCGAACUCCAACCUUUGGUCCCCCUGCAAGUCGCCCUGACAAAAGCGGCCAUGACUUCCAACACCUCGGCCACAACUGCCAGCACCGAGUAUAUCAAGUUGAACGACCCACAAGGCCCAAAGGUGACCCCGCCGGUGCUCGCCGCACGCCUAGGCACUCUUCUGAAGGCCCUCGCGCAUGCCGAGAAUUCCGUUUCAGAGGUCAUCAAGUCGCGGCGCGCUCUGAUUGACGGGCUCGAGAAAAUCCUAGCAACCAACCGCUCCGAGCUUGAAAAGGAAGAGUCUCUCGUGGCGCAGUUUGGAGAGAAGAAGGCGGAGACGGACACGAAGCGACGAGAGGUCGAGGAUCUGAUUAUGCGUGGGUACCAAGAUGACGAUUCCGUUACUGCUACUGGUCAGGGCAACGGAAACGAAGAGCCUCCUCGUCCUGAAGUUGAAGCUUUGACUCCUCCCCCUGUCGAGGCUAUUACGCCCGUUGGAUCACCAAAGCCCCAGCAGCCGCAGGCCAGCCAUGGCCCAUUCACGGAGGACGCGCCGAUAAGCCUUCCACAUGGCCUCAGCCUUGACACGGACAAUGAUAUGUCAUUCGAUCCGUCCAAUAUCUCUCCUGGUGGUGAGAACGAUUUCGACCUCGCUGCAACUGGAGCGGCUGCGAAGAGACGCAAGGUUGCGCACGAGGAGGACUAUGCACAGUUUGCGGGUGGAGAUUUGGAUGCCGAUGUAGCGGCUAUGAUUGCGCAGGAAGGAAACCAGUGA